AUGGCAGACCUUCAGGAAAGAUCUGCUGCUUCGUAUGCACAAGGAGCAAGGCCAAAGGACAACUCGUUAAGCUCUUUGAGGCUGAACACAUCCAUGAACCGCCAGUUGCCUUCUGAACAUCAAUCAUCAUUACUCUCUAGAGACCAUAGCUGGAGUUCAAGAUCUAACUAUGUCCCAAGAGAGGUAGAAUCUUCAGAAAGGAAUAUACAGCCAGAGUUUACCCACGGUGCCAUGAGGAGUGGAGCCAGUUCCUCCAGCGGUUCUGAAAGGAUCACACAGCCCCAAAGGUCAUUAAGCGAACCUCCCAGUGAUACUGAAGGAAGGCGAACAACUAGGCAGCUGCUGUCUCGUUUAGCUUCGAGUAUGUCCUCCACAUUUUUCUCGAGAAGGUCUAGUCAAGAUUCUUUGACUUCCAGACAGUUAGGUCCAGAAGAUUCACCUGUUUCAAGAGCUCUUUCUUCUACUCAAGCCAAUGCUGCCAACACAGCUGAGGGUACAGAAGCUCAGUCUCCUGAUGUUUCUCAGGGAUUUAGCUUUCUUAGAAGACGAUGGGGCCUGUCGGGUGUUUCGCCACAUCCUAGUUCCGAUUCAGAAGCUGAGGGUUACAGACCUGAGUCUGAAAGUAGAAAUGCAGGGUCCUGGCUGUCGUCAUCUCUAAGGAAUAGGUGUACACCUUUGUUUUCCAGAAGGAGGAGAGAAGGAAGAGAUGAAACUGCAAGAACCUCUACCUCUGAAGCACCGGCUAGAUCACUGCAUCUUUUUAGGAGGAGAGAAUCAGGGGGUGAAGCUACCCUUGAAGCACAAAGUGAUUCCCUCAGGCCUGCUGCAAGGCCACCAACACCCUCAGUACCGAACAGUGCUACAUCUGCCUCAUCGCCGGAUUCAGGGCAUGGUAGAAGAAAUUCAGGAAUGUCAGGAAUACUGCCUGGUUCUUUCUUGCGGUUUGCGGUGCCGCCGACGCUGGGGAACAACUUAUCCGAUAAUGUUAUGAUAACCGUAGACAUUAUUCCGUCUGGCUGGAAUCAGUCUGAUGGACAAGAUAAUGACAAGUCCAAAGUACCUCCUUCAAGAGAUCCUGAAAGGCUUCAGAAGAUCAAAGAGAG